AUGGAUUGGUGGAGCCACUCCCUGAUGCACACACAGCAACGUCCACGUGCAGCCGGGGAUCUCCCUCAUCUCUGGCCAUCAGGUCAAAGGAGGGGAUCUAAGAGACGGGAGGGAAUGGCUGGGAGAGUUAAGGUGCAGUGUGAAACCACUCAGCGCUCCUGCAAGCGCUCUCGUGUUACGUGUUUGUCGCAUAAAACCAUUCCUGUGAGAGCAGCAGUGUUGUGUGAAGGGUUUCUGCUCCCAGCCUGCGGUAGCUGCAGGGAUUCCCUGGAGCAGUGCGCAGUUCGUGCAGCUACCGAAGGCAGAAUCCUUGUGCUGGAAGGUUUGGAGAAGGCUGAGCGGAAUGUCUUGCCGGUGUUGAACAAUUUACUGGAGAACAGGGAGAUGCAGCUUGAAGACGGUCGUUUUCUCAUGUCUGCAGAGCGUUAUGACAAACUUCUGCAGGAUCAUACAAAAUCGGAGUUAGAUGCCUGGAAGAUUGUUCGAGUCAGUGAAGAUUUUCGAGUGAUAGCAUUGGGCCUGCCAGUACCUAAAUACUCCGGCAACCCUUUGGAUCCCCCACUUCGAUCUCGGUUUCAAGCUAGAGACGUUUAUCAUCUGCCCUUUAAGGAUCAUCUUCAGCUAUUAUAUUCGAUUGGAUCAAACAUUUCCACAGAGAGAAUUUCUCAGCUCCUGUCUUUUGCUACAACUCUCAGCUCUCAAGAGUCUUCUACAUUGGGACUUCCAGAUUUUCCUUUAGACAGUUUAUCAGCUGCGGUUCAGAUCUUGAAUUCCUUCCCUAUGAUGUCAGUCCAGCAUGUUAUUGACCGGCUUUACCCCUAUGAUGUUUUCCUUGGAAAGGAAGGCAAGACUGCAGUCAAAGAUGUGUUAAAACGUUUUGAGCUUCAAGAUUCAAAAAACCACUUUCAUCCCAGAAAGAUUACAAAAGUAGAAAGUUCACAUGGAAACAAACCCUUCAAGGCUGAUGUAACCGUCCAGAUUGGUGAAAAAGAAGUGACGUUCCAGGUUCCAGCUGGGACUGGGCUGUUAAGAAAGCAUCCUCAAUCAGAUACUUUCAUAAGGACUUCCAGCCAUAAUCAACUGUUGGCCGAAAUGAUGCAGUCCCAUAUGGUUAAGGAUAUGUGUUUAAUUGGAGGAAAAGGCUGUGGCAAAACAGUUAUUGCUAAGGAGUUUGCUGAUAUACUGGGAUACAGCAUAGAACCUAUCAUGCUGUAUCAGGAUAUGACGGCUCGAGAUUUACUACAGCAAAGGUACACUCUUCCUAAUGGAGACACUGCUUGGAGACCAUCGCCACUUGUUACUGCUGCCCUGGAAGGAAAGCUUGUUAUUCUUGAUGGCAUUCAUCGAAUUAACCCUGGCACUCUCUCUGUACUUCAAAGACUAAUACAUGACAGAGAACUGACUCUCUACGACGGCACCAGAUUGUUAAGAGAAGAUAGAUACCAGAACUUAAAAGAAGAAUUACAUAUCUCUGAUGAGAAACUGCAGGAAAGGUCUAUCUUUCCUAUCCAUCCUUCUUUCAGAAUAGUGGUUUUAGCAGAACCUCCUGUCAUUGGGAGUAGUGCCCAACAAUGGCUGGGUCCAGAGUUUCUGACGUUGUUUCUUUUUCAUCAUGUCCGAUCUUUAAGCAGGAAGGAAGAAAUGAAAGUUAUUAAAGAAAUGGCGCAGUCACUGGCUUCGUCUUUAUCUACGCGACAACUAUUGCGAAUUUGUCGUCGACUGUCACAACAUCCAGAUGAAAGCCUUUACUAUGCCGUUAAUAAAGCCUGCCUUUCCAGGUUUUUACCAAACCUUGCCAGAUCAGCUUUACAUAAAAAUCUGCAGGAUUCUGGUAUUGAGACAAGUCCAGAUGAUGUGAAGAAACUAGAGGAAAAGGAUUACACAUGUGAAAUAAACAAUGGUGUUCUGAAGAUAGGGUCUGUGAAGAUGCCUGUUUAUAACUCAAGUGAGAAAAUGAAAGUGCCUGAUGUUUUGUUUUAUGAAAAUACACAACACAUGAUGGUAAUGGAAGAUAUGCUAAAGGACUUCUUGCUGGGAGAACAUCUCCUUUUAGUUGGCAAUCAGGGAGUUGGGAAGAACAAGAUUGUUGACAGAUUCCUUCACCUUCUAAACAGGCCCAGAGAGUAUUUGCAGCUGCAUAGAAAUUCUUCA